AAAAAGGAAAAAGAAGGGACUAGGGAAAAAGAAAACCAGAGAGUCCAUUGAUUAUCAACGCUCAAGGUUUCUGUAUUUGUUUUUCAAUCGAUCAUGACGGGCAAAGCCAAGCCGAAGAAGCACACAGCCAAGGAAAUCGCAGCCAAGAUUGAUGCCGCCACAACCAACCGAGGAGGCGGUAAGGCCGGAAUAGCUGACCGUUCGGGGGUGGAGAAGGGUGGACAUGCCAAGUUCGAGUGUCCCCAUUGCAAAGUAACAGCCCCUGGUGUGAAGUCGAUGCAGAUUCACCAUGAAUCCAAGCACCCUAAGAUUCCCUUUGAAGAAUCAAAGCUUGUGGAUCUUCAUGCUACUCAUGUCGCUGAGUCUUCCAAGCCUCGUCCCGGUGUUAGGGGUAGCUUGAAGAAGUGAAAUUUAUUAAUAAAACUAGACGUCUUCUUUAACAUUUCGUGCUAUUGGGUUGUUCUGGAAUCUGGGUCUGUUUUCUUUAGUACUAGGUUUGGAUAAAAAAAAAAGGUUGGAUUAGCUUUGCAAGGCCCCUCCCUUGACUAUGUUAUACCUUUAUUUAAUUCUGAUGAAAUGUUUGUGGAUAUGGGUUUUUGUCA